CUAGGGGAAAAGUUACAUGAUCGACCUCCUGAACGCGAUUAAUUCUUUCUAUGUUUAAUCUUUAGGGAAUGAUAUCAUUCUGGAAUUGCUCAUUCUGUUUUUAUGUUAUAUACAAUAAAAGUUUGUUUGAAAAUUUAUUUAAAUGAAAUCGGAGAAUGUUUAGAGUGUAGUGUUUGAAAAGUGUUUGAAUUUAUUUUAAUGCGACAGCAAUAAAUUCCCAUAUUUUUCCUAUUUUUUUAACGUAUUAUCUGUGUAACAUGGAAGACAUAGAACGUUUUAUAAAACUUAUACAACAGAAAAGACUUGCUAAUCAACGCGAGUUAGAACGUCUCGAUGCCGAACCGGAUGAACACAAAAAAUUGAUGAAGGAAUUACGAGACUUGAGAGGACAGAGGAUACAAUGCAAGGAAAACAUCACGAAACAUCUCAAUAUGAUUACUUCGCACAAGCAUUCUGUACACAAGAUCGUACACUCUUCAAAAGAUAUUUCAGGCUUGCCUGUACCACAUGAUUGUGCACAAGAUGUGAAGACAAUGUUCACUGAUGCGAUUGAAUUCUUGAAUAAUAUGGGAGAUACUUACAAAAUUCUUAAUGCUAAAGAAAAUAAUAUAAAUCCUUUAAAACUGAUCCAGGCUGUGAUAACAUGCACAGAAGAUGUAGGAAAAGCACUGUAUCAAACAAAAUGCAGUAUUGCCCAGCUGGAAACAUUGAAGGAAAAUAUUGCAGUGCUACAACAACAUGUUUUAGAUAGCAGUGAUAACACUGAAGUUUUCGAAAGUAUAAACCUUACUAACAAUGGUGAGUCAACAGAUAGUGGAUCAACUAUAAUGUAAAAAAUAGUUUAUUGUCUG